CUCGUUAAAUAAUUAACGACUAAGCUCUAAAACCCUAGCUCCUUUUUCUUUCAUAAAACCCCAAAUUCAAGCUCUUAUUUAUUAUUAUUAUUAUUAUUAUUUUCUUCAAGUGUUGGUGUUGGUGUUGGUUUUGGUGAUUGUAACUACGAAAAAAGGAUGAAGGAGACUAGAAGUCCUGAUCUUGAUCAAUGCAUAAAGAAUUAUAUUGUCAUGUUUUGAUUAGGGAAGCUCCUCAAUUAGCUGCACUUCUAAAAGAAAUGAAAGAUGGGUUAGAUACAGUGAGAAGUAAAGUUGAUGCUUUAACAGCUAAGGUAAAAGCAAAUAAUUUUCUAACAGCAGAUGGGAUAAGCUAUCUUGAGGCUAAACAUUUGUUGCUCCUCAACUAUUGCCAAUCUCUUGUAUAUUAUUUGCUUCGAAAGGCAAAAGGCUUGUCAAUUGAGAAACAUCCUGUAGUUCGAAGCCUUGUGGAGAUACGGUUGUUUUUGGAGAAGAUACGGCCAAUUGACAAAAAGAUGGAGUACCAAAUUCAAAAGCUCAUAAGGGAUAGUGGACGUGCUAUGGAGCAACCAAGUCUGAAGGAAAAGGAAUCAGAGGCACCUGAGAAAUCAGAGGAUUUGUUGAAUUAUCGUCCAAACCCAGAUAUGCUGGUCAGCAAAGAUAGGAUGCCUGGGGAUGAUAGUGGUGUGUAUCGACCACCCAAAAUUGCCCCCUCAAUCAUGGAGGAGGAUAAGAUGUCAAGACAGGAAAGAAAUGCCUUGAGAAGAGAAAAAGAGACUCUUCGGCACGCUAAAGGGGGUCUUAUGAAAGAGAUGAUAGAUGACAUGGAAGGGAGACCUGAAGAGGUUCAAGAAAAUCUUGGAGACGACAGUAGGGAAUUUACUAGAUAUCAACAGCAAUGGGAAGAACGUGCACGGCGAGAAGAGGACCUCUUUACACGUGCUCCAAUUACAAAGAUGGAGAAGAAGAAGGAGAAACAAUUAAAGAAGUCGAGAGAUGGCUUGCUGGCGCUGACUGAUGAUUUCUAUGAUGAAAUCAAAACAUUACCCCUGGAGGAUGAUAUUGGUGAUCAAGUGACCAGCUUCAAUAAAAAUAGCAGCAGAAAACUAAAGAAACAGAAGAGACGACACUAGAACAACAAUGCAGAUCAGUAAAGGCACACAAUGGAUGGAAUCAGAGGUUUCACUUCAGUGUUUAUGUUCAAACUGUCAAAUAGAAAAAGAAAUUAGUUUUGAUAGGAGGCAUAUGCUGGCCAAAGUGUGUUGAAGUCAUCUUAACUGCAUUGAGUUUUGCAAUUGGGUAUAAACCUGUGUUUUUGUCUUAUACUUGUUCAGGCUUCAGCAAUCUUCCAUUCACAUAAACUAUUCCAGGGUCUAAAGGAGGUUUAAAUGGUGAUCUAGUGCUGCUGUAUCUUUGGCUGCAAGAUUACUUUUGUUUCAUUACAAUAUUUUUCUUAAAAUCUAUUCAAGUAUAUUCGUAA